ACUUCGCCAGUCAUGUGCCAGAGAAAGAACCUGACCAGCAGGAUAUGGACCAGAUCACAUACCGAUACACAUUUGCUUCGAUGCUGUCUAAGUGCACUUUUUACUGGCUUGUUCCGCUUCUUAAACUUGGAUCUCGCCGCCCGCUGGAGUUGGAGGACCUUGGCUAUCUGCCAGAGAAACACAUGAACGAGUAUCAGUACGCAAGGUUCAACAAGGUUUUUUCCAAGGAAAAGGCCAAAGCGGAGCAGAAGGGCAGGCAAGUGUCCCUGUGGUGUUGUUUCCUGAAGACUUACUGGAAGACUGCCAUGACUGGGGGCCUCAUCAAGGUCAUUGGGGACGUGGUCGGCCUGGUGGGACCUCUGUCCAUCAGCCUCAUCCUUGAGUUCGUUGAAGAAAAGACGGCAAAAGAUGGUGCCCUGGACGAGCCUGUCGAUCCAUACCCAACGGCUGGGGAAAUCUUGAGCAAUGGCUACAUCAUCUCUGUUGUCAUACUGGUAGCCACUUUCAUGCAAAGCACCUGUUCCAACAACUUCAACCACAUGGCCAUCAUGGAAAGUGUCCAUGUGCGAUCUGCCCUUCAGAGCCUGGUUUACAGGAAAUCAUUACGCAUUGCAAGUGACAUUGAUGUCGGCUUGGCAGUGAACCACAUGUCUGUGGACUCAUUUAAUGUCAUGCUGCUCUUCUCAAUGGGACACUAUAUCUGGGCUGUGCCAUUCAAGCUGAUCCUUCUACUGAUACUGCUUUACAAGCAGCUGGGAUACAGUGCCCUUGUUGGUGCGGCCACCAUCUACGUGUUGUCUCCAUUGCAGUACUGGGUCUGCACCAAGCUUUCUAAGCUGCAGAAGGAAGCCCUGACGAUUUCUGACAAGAGGAUCAAGCAUACGAGCGAACUGCUGCAGGGCAUAAAGCUGCUGAAGCUGCACGGCUGGGAGAAGGUGUAUGCAAACAUGGUGAAGGAGAUCCGGGCAGAGGAGCUCAAACUCCUUCGCAAAGACGCUAUACUGGUGGCCAUCAACACUUUUAUUACUCAAGGAUCGGCUAUUUUGCUCACCCUUGUGACCUUUUCCGUCUAUUCGGCCAUCGAAGGGAGGCCCUUGACGCCCGCCAAAGUGUUCUCAGGACUUGCACUUUUCAACCAGCUCACAGUUCCACUUUACAUUAUUCCCUUUGUCAUUCCAAUUGUCAUCAACUCUGUGGUCAGUACAAAACGACUCACGGAAUUCUUGAGUUUACCGGAAGUUGGUUUAGAAGCUCCUUGGAGGAAGAAAGACGAAAUGCCCAAAGCCACAGUCGAAUUCAUCCCUGACAGUGGCAGCGUGUUGCUGAACAUCAGGGACAGCUUGCUUCUUGACAAGUGGGCGACGUGCGCCGAUGACUCGGAGGUGUUUCUAUCCGACUCUUACUCUCCCAUUGACAGUCCUGCGGUGAUCAACAUGAACCACGCCUACUUCACCUACGACAUGAACACCAAGAUCCCCAUACUCCAGGACAUGAACUUCACCGUACCCACAGGAAAACUGACUAUUAUAGUUGGGCCCGUUGGAAGUGGGAAGACUACCCUGCUUUCUGGCAUGCUGGGCGAGCUUACUCCCUACCAGGGAACGGUGCAGUGGGCAAACAUUCAUUGCAUUGCGUAUGUUCCGCAAAGGCCAUGGUUGCUGAAUUCCACGCUGAAAGAAAAUGUCCUGUUUGGGCAGCGCUAUGAUGGACGAAGGUACCACCAGGUGAUCCAGGCUUGUGCCCUCCAGCCUGACAUCGACCUGCUGCCAGCGAAGGAGAUGACUGAGAUUGGAGAGAGGGGCAUCAACCUGAGUGGAGGUCAGAGGCAGAGAAUCGCCUUGGCCCGAGCCAUGUACUCUUCGGCAAAGACAAUCAUUCUGGAUGAUCCUCUGUCUGCUUUGGACUCCAAUGUGGCCAUGCAUGUGUUUGAACACGGCAUCAGGAACCUUCUACUGAGGAGACAUCGUACUGUCAUACUUGUGACACACAAGCAGGAACUCCUGAUCCAUGCCUUUAAGGUGAUCAUCCUGGAGGCUGGCAAGAUCCGGUGCCAGGGAAACCUCAGCGAGAUUGAGAGCAUGGAGCCCGACCUGACGAGCGUCCUGAGCCGGUCGGUCAAGCGGCAGCCUGUCUCCUUCGAGGACAACACGACCCAAGAGAGGCACAAGCUGAUGCGCAUGAUCACCAAGCAGACUCUGUACCUGUCGGGCUCCAAUCAGGAUGUCCGACCGCGGCCGCGGAUGUCCGCAAUGAACAGGCAGCUGUCCCACGACCCGUCGAGUCCCCUUCCACUGCACGACAUGGGCAACGAAGACGCCGCUCUGACCCCGUGGACCGCGGGGGGCGGCUUGGACAGGCCGCCGUCCACGGGGUUCCGCUUCGCCGGCUCGGGCAGCUCGGCCGAGAGCGUCCGCUCGGCGCCGACCUUCGGCGGCGGGUCCUGGCUGCGCUCCCCACCUUCCAGGCUCAGCUCCCGGAUCUCGAACCCUGCGGACCUGUUCAUCGAGGAAGAGGAGGAGGAGGAGGGGAAGGAGAAGGAGGGGAGGGCGGAUGUGGAACGGGACAAGGAGGACGGCCUCACGAGCAGUCUGCUUACGGGCAACAAUGGCACGGUACCCUCCAUUCUGUCAGAGGCACAGGGGCAGCUGAUAGAAGCGGAGGACCGCCAGCAGGGAAAGAUCCCCUGCGCGGUGUACCUCUCGUACAUGCGUGCCUGCCGCUUUGCCUUCGCCGCCCUCGUCUGCGUGCUCUUUGCGGCCAAUCAGGGGGCCCGGCUCGGAUCCGACUUUUGGCUCACCAGCUGGUCGGAGGCUUCGAGGGACUUCAACUCCACGCUGUCCGCUCAGGAGGACGACAUUGCUUGGGGCUACCUCAUGGGCUACACUGGUCUGUCCAUGUUUUCCAUCGUGCUCUCUCUCGUGACCAACCUUUCUGCCCAGCUGGUCACGCUCCGUUCGGUCAAGGUGUUCCACAACAACAUGCUCGACACCAUUGUCCAGUGCCCCAUGAGAUUUUUUGAUGCCAAUCCGAUCGGAAGGAUCCUCAACAGAUUUUCAAGCGACAUGGGCAUUAUAGACAAAAAACUUCCAGUGACUGUGCCAGUGUUACUGAGGUUCCUGAUGCUGUGCAUCACUGCCGUGCUUGUGGACGUGUUUGUCACACCUUACUUUCUCAUUGUGGUGGUGUUUGUUGCUGCUGCCUACUAUUACAUCCAGUCCUUUUUCCGCUGCUCUUCCAGAGAACUUCAGCGACUCGACAGCAUCACCAAGAGCCCCAUUUUUUCACACUUUUCGGAGACAUUAGCCGGUCUAAGCACCAUACGUGCCUUCAGAGAAGAAAAUAGGUUUGUUGAAAGGAUGAAUGAGCACAUCAACAACAACAACCUGGCUUUCAUCAUGGUGAAUUGUGCCAACUGCUGGCUUGGAAUCUCACUGGACUACUUGGGAGGCGUCAUCCUGUUCCUAGCCACGAUGGCUGCACUCACCGCAGCUCUCACUGGAAGCAUCAGUCCCUCCUUCGUGGGGAUCGCCAUGACUUACACAUUACUCGUUCCCAUCUACCUCAACUGGCUGGUGAGGCAGGUGUCGAGCGUGGAGAUGUACAUGAGCUCUGUGGAGAGGGUCACCAAAUACGCCCAGCUUCCCAUCGAGCAUGUGGCCUCUCCUGCCCACGUUCCUAGUGACUGGCCCAGUAAAGGUGAAGUGCGCUUCGAGAAAGUGACUAUGCGCUAUGAAACUGGUCUGGAUCCCGUCUUAAAAAACAUCUCAGUCACUUUUGCACCUGGCGAAAAAGUGGGAAUCUGUGGAAGGACAGGCAGCGGAAAGUCCUCCCUCGUGAUGGGACUCUUCAAGAUGGUGCCCAUUUCCGAAGGCUCAAUUUACGUCGACGGCAUCGACAUCUCCACCGUGCCCUUCGACAUCUUGCGCUCUCGCCUUUCAAUCAUUCCUCAGGAACCAGUCUUGUUUUCCGGUACCAUCAGGCAAAACUUGGAUCCCAGGGCGAUGUAUACGGAUGAGCAGCUGUGGAGCGUCUUGGAGAAAGCUCGGUUGAAAGAGGUCGUCAUCGUUUCGGGCGGCCUAGAUGGCGAGGUGACAGAAGAAGGCUCCAACUUCAGCAUUGGACAAAGGCAGCUCUUCUGUUUCGCGAGGUUUCUCCUGCAACCUUCCAAAGUGUUUGUGCUGGACGAGGCCACUUCUUCCCUGGAUGCUGACCUGGACUCCCUGAUCCAAGAGACCAUGCUGAGCGAAUGGGCAGACUCCACAAUUCUUGCUAUUGCGCACCGAGUAACUGGGCUCCUGAACUUUGACCGGGUGAUUGUUCUGGAAGCCGGCCACAUCGUCGAGACCGGUGCACCGUCUGAACUCAGGAAUCGACGAGGGAGCACCUUUGUGUCACUGCUAAAAGAGGCCGAGCACUAGCGUCACGACUGCAUGUCUACGCUGCAUUUACAAAUAUUACUUUACAUAUGAGGGGUGUCCCAAAAGUUCUCAGUCAGUCUUGAAAGAGGUGAAUGAACUUGCAUUACUUUUCGACAUACUCCAGUGCCUGGAUCCCCUUGGAAAACACGUGGGAAGUCUGGUUUUCUAAAAACCGGGUCACAGCAUCAAUGACGUCAUCAUCACCAAAAAAGUUAACACCAGGAAGUUUUUUUAGUCGGCUGGGGGAAGAGAUGGAAGUCUGAUGAAGCAAGAUCUGUCGAGUAUGGUGGAUGCUUGACAACAAAAUAGCCACAAGAGUGAAUGGCAGCCAUCACCACAACACCGUGGUGGGGGAGUGUAUUGUUCUGAUGGAGCAGCACCCCUUUCCUGAGCAUAUUACGACAUUUGGCCUUCAUGGCAUCACGCAGGCGAUAAGUAAGGGUUGCAUAGCAGUUUCCGGUGAUGCUCUGCCCUUUCUGAAGGCAAUCGUGGAGCAGCACACCCUGCGAAACCCCAAAAACCGUGGCCGUCACCUUUCCCGGUGGCGUCACUUCUAGGGUCAGCGGCACCCGAUGCGGUGGCCCGCUGCGACCCCCCCCCCCCUCCCUGCCCUCUCGUUUCAAGCAACAAAGCUUGAAACAUGAAGACAAGAAAAGGGGGGGGGGGGGGGCAAACCCCCCCCCCCCCCCCCGUCACCCCCACUGCCCUUCCCCUGGUGAAUCUACUGACCUUGCCUGCUGAUAAAACGGACUGAGCUUUCAGCAGUGGAGAGGAGGUGUGUUUCUACGGUUGGGGCUUUGCUGUUGGGUUCAAAGUGGUUGACCCAGGUUUCAUCCACAGUCACAAAUCGGGCACGGGAGCCUGCGGGUUCUGUCUUGAGAAGCUCGAGAUUAUCCCUGGAUGCGGUGUAGCGGGUGCGCCUUUGGUCACACGAGAGCAAUCUUGGAACCCACUUGGCGAAGUCCUUGGUCAUGUCAAGAUGUUUGUUCAAGAUUCACUGAACUGUAAUUUUGGAGAUGCCUGUAACCUGUGCAAUAAUCCAGAUUUUUACUCGCAAUCUGCCAUUACCUCAUCAUGCACACAGUCGACGUUUUCUUGUGCAGUCACUUUCCACAGGGCUGCCAAGGCAGGGGUCGUCUUCGGUGCCCUUCCAUCCACGAUUGAGUUUCAUGGCCCACCUCUCUUUCAUUGUGCUGUAGGAUGGGGCAUCCUGUGCUUAUGUCGCAACCACGUCAUUGGGGGUGCCUGCCGUAGUUAGGCCUUUCAGAAACAAAUAUUCAAUCACCGAACGUGUCUGCACUUCGUUUUAGUGUUUUAGUUCGACUGCGCUGAUUGCCGUUGGUGGCUGCCACAGGAAAACCGUAUUGUGUGCAUGCGCCAUUUUGUCUGCCGUACAUCUUAAGUGCCCGUGUGCUUUUAUAAAGUUUCAUGUCUCUGCUUGCACUCUUGUGCCAGGCCAAGAACACUUGGGGUGCCCCUCGUAGAUGUGCCUUCGCGUACAAGGUAUACAUGUGGGCUGUGUUGAGCAAAUGGGUUUUUUGUUUGCCUUUGUGCUGGCAGCUCGAGACAUAUUUAUAAUACAUGCAUCAAAACUUUAUUUUAUUGUCGUAAUUUUAUUUACUGGACGCAUCCUCACAACAUUAUUUAUUUUGAUACGCUGAACACUGUACGUUCUGCUUGCCUUUUUUUUUUUUUUUUUAUACAAAUGGUGGAGAAAACAAUAAAAGCAUUUCUCAGAAACUGAUUCAAA